AUGAGCGCGCAAGCCGACGCUCUGAAGGGAUGGCUCCUGAGGAGAGUCUCCGACCCAACGUCAGCGCACUACACCUACCAGAUGACCGAAGAUCGGUUGGCUCUUAUUGUUGUUGGUAAGUCGACCGCCCGAGGUAGAUGCGGUUGGAUUCUAAAUGACUUUCUAGGCGUCAUAUUCUCCGUGAUAGGGUUGUUCGCGAUUCUGUGCCGCGCAUUCGUCCUCUUCCAUCGGCAGCGAACACCAGGGUACGAUGAUUACAUGCUCUUCGUGGCGUACGUGUUUUCCUUUGGAUUCACAAUCGCUUCAUAUGUUUCCGUGCGGUGGGGUGUUGGAUUGGAUAUAGCCAAUGUUCCUCCAGACUGGGCUAUUUCGGCGAUCAAGGUGUGUUGAGAUGGCUAGCAUUGCUGGAAAUGCUGUAAGAGCAUCUGCUGAUUCCUUCGUGCAGGCCGUGUACGCCAUGGAGAUAUUCUACUACUUCACACUUUUCUUUAUCAAGCUGUCGAUUCUGCUCCUGUACAUGCGGUUAGGUAUGGCGCUGCCACAGCAAGGAGAAGGUCGCAACAUGCUGACAAAGUUGCAGCAAAGGAGUUGCGCAAUCAUCUUUAUUGGGGAACUUUGACUGUCCUUGGCUUGAUGUGCCUCCAAUUCUGUUCGACGAUUGUGGUGACUGCGACGCAGUGCAUCCCGAUGAGCAAAUAUUGGAAUCCUUCUGUAUCUGGUCAUUGCAUUAGCUUGACUGGAUUCUUCUACGGUGAGAGUUUGUCCAUCUUCCACAUGUGACCCCAAACGCUGACGCACAAACAGCAACGAAUGCUUUUACAAUCGUCACCGAUUUCAUAAUGAUAAUAAUGCCGAUUCCGACUAUCUGGAAAGCGCCGCGCCAUCAGAAAUACGGAUAUCUCACGGCUUUCUUGCUUGGUGGGCUUGCCAUGCUGGCGAGCUGCGCCCGACUGUACUCGAUCAAGAUAUACACCGACUCGCAUGAGCCGAUGCGAGAUGCGGCUCCGAUUAAUACCUGGUCCUUCGUUGAGGUGAACGUUGCCAUUUGCUGCGCGUCAAUCGCGGUGAUGAGACAAAUCGUUCUUGCUGUGCGGACCGGAUCCAUCAGCCCGACACUGAAGAGUAGCUUUCAGCGUUCCAGAACUUCGCAUUCGACAGGCUGGAAUUCCGUGCCAUCGACACCAGCAUUCUCAACCAAGAUGUCUGUGCAAGAGGAUGACUUCUCGCAAUGGUCGAGAAAGCCCAGCGGCAUCUUCGAAGACAUGGAGACAGGCAGCGUAGAGCCGAGUGCGAGUGCGAUUGCGAGUGCAAUUGCGAGUGCGAGAGCGGAGGCCGACAGACCCACGCGACAAAGCUCGCCGUUGCCUCCAUUGCCAGCACACUGCCACGACACAUGCAGCCGAGACAGCGCAACCUCUCCAAAGUCACCGCCGGCGUGGCUUCCACCGAAGACGGGCCAAAAACAACUUCCGCAGCGGCCUGCUUCGUCGCUGUACUCGCAGUACUCUCGCUAUGGUCACCAUUGCCGGGAGAGUUACAAGCCGGACUCGGCCCCUUUGGUGGUAGUCACAUGCUGCUAG